AUGUUUUUUCGAAGAAGGCCCAGAGUUCGUAGAAUUAGUAGUGAUGAAAGUGUUUGUGAUGUUCCGAUUGCGGACCAUUCUUCGUGGGUGGAUGUUUUAAAACAAGGUAAUUAUUGUCCAAUUAUUGAUUUUACAACAGGCAGUAAAGUUACUGGCCCACAAAUUCCAGUAUUUUGUAGUACGCCUCUUCAAUUUUUUCAAUUAUUUUUUACCGAAAAACCAAUAAGGAAAAUUGUAUCGGAAACAAAUAAAUAUGCUGCUAAUAUUUUAGCUAUAAAAAACAUAUCUAAAUAUUCUAUCUGGAAAACGUGGACAGAUGUUAAUGAAACAAAAUGA